CUCCUUUUCUUCUUUCGAGCCCACCGAGUAGGUUGCCGGCAACCUCGUUCUCUUUUCUGACGCCUCACGUUCCUUCCACCUGAAUUCUUCGUGGGAUCUAAAUCUGUGUUGCAAACACGACAUUAUGCAUCACUGUGCGCUCACCUCUGCUGUCCUUUUGGUGGCGGCAACGGCUAUCGCGUUCGCUCACCCCAUCGCCAUUCGCUCGGCUAUUGAUGCGUCCAUUGUUGAGCGUGGGCUCCAAGACAGACUGGUGGAGCGCAGCUACUACGAUGACUUCCUCUCUGACUUCGAGGCGCGCGACGACAAAGUAGCUCUCGAGAUUCAGGGGCCUAAGCCGAUUCACCCGAGGGUGAAGGCGCUGAGGAAGGCGCUGAGGAAGGAGAGAAAGCAUCGGGGAACGUACGCGGGGACUCCGAGCAGGUCAACUGUGUAUGAUCCUCGUCUGCUUCAUCCGCAGCACCGCGGCCGGAGCGACUACGACGAGAUAGUCGAGCGUAAUUUGGGGGCACGCAAACCUUGGAGGCCCGCUCGUUCUCCUUCCCCUUGGCCGAACAACACUCGUCCGAUUCGUAAGCAUCGACAGCAGCCUCGGAGCGACUAUGUGUGGUUUGCCCGGGAGUACGAACCCGACGGCGAGCUGUUCGGGCGCGGCUUCGAGGUAGACGAGCUUGACCGAGUGGACGUACUAGCAUAA